UUUGGCUUGUGACAUUCAGCGGUGUAGGAAGACAACUUGUAAACAGCAUGGCUUUCAUCCGUUCCUUGUGCUUCGUCCUGUUGGUUGGUUUGGCCGCGGCAUGUCAACCACGAUGCCCCAAGUGUCCACCGAUGUGGAUUUUCUACAAGGGCAACUGCUACCGUUUCUUCGGCACUGGCAAGACCUACGAUGAAGCUGAGAAGUACUGCCAGCAGUUCACUCAAGUCGGCCAGGGUCAUGUGGCGUCCAUAGCCAGCGCCGAAGAGAAUAAUCUGCUCCUCACGAUGUGGAAGUCGGCCAGUGAGCCCCAAAAAACGGGUGCACUGUGGAUCGGCUGCACUGACAAGGCAGGGGAAAAAAACUUCAUCUGGACGGAUGGAUCACCGGUCGGUUUCACAGCAUGGAGCGAUGGCAGACCCAAGUACAACUCCAUUAGUAGGCCGUGUGCUCACAUGCGGUACAAGUAUGCCAAAUGGAAUGACGCCAAAUGCGACAAUGUGUGGCCACACAUCUGCAAGAUGGCAACUACAGACUAAAUUGACCCCACGAUGGACGGCCACAGAGAUGCGUCAGAACAUAUUUGCCACAUCAACCCUGAAGCUCUUAACAACGAUACCAAGUCAACGUCAUCGGCUAUGAUCACCAAAUAUUUUUA